GCGUUCAGUGUUCUUCUUUAUCGCUUUUCAUUCGGCCCGUCGCCGUCUACACCCGCCGACUAUACGGGACCGCAAAACUACUACAACCGACGUUAUUAUAAUCUAACCUAUAGACACCGACACCGGCCAUGGACCCGGAAAUGAUAAGUGACCAGGUAAGCAGUAUAAUAUUGUGUUCAAUAAAUUAAACAUAAAUUGUAAUAUUACGAUAGUAUUGUGCAUUAUAUUAUUGGUAUUGUUACUUUACCGUUGCGAGAGUUGCGUAUAUAAACACUCGUAUAUUAUAACGAGUCUCCGCGAAGAUUGGCCUGGUUGGGGGCUAGUAAGACCUUAGGAUUUUCGGGGUGCGAUCGCACCCCGAACCCUGACUUAAAAAUUAUAACAAAGCGGCUUUAUUAAAGCGGUAUUUGAAUUGUUCGAUCAGUGACGGGCUGGUGACAGAUCGGCCCACGGACAUUAAAAAAUAGAAUGGCCCAAUUUUUCGUUGCAACCAAAAAUGUUCAAAUUUAUAUGGAUUAAAUUUGUUUGUUGAUUUUGUUCGAAAAAAGACACACAGUUUUGAUACAAUAAGGAGAGAAGAUUCAUCAUAAAUUGUAUUAGGUAGUGAAAAAAAUGUUAGAAAUUAGUUGGAAAAAUAAAAAAAUUGAUUGAUUGAUAAUACAAGUGAUAUAAUUCGCACCCAGGGAGAUAAAUCUCCUAAACUGUUAAGGCCUUUCCGCCACUGUAUUCGAAAAACGAUGGUAGUAUAAUAGCGGAAUAGUGAUGUUAACACAGAUCCUCUAUUACUUUUAAAAACCUUUAAAAUUGUUCUCACCCCAGAACUUUUUCUCUUUAGUCUACCGCUGAGUAUACCGACCCCGUCCGCCCGUCUAACCGCGCGAAAUUUAUUUUCGCAUUUAUAUACGAUAUAUAUCAUCAAUGAUUAUAAUAUAUGUACCACGUGAUGUAUCGACCUGCGUACAAAAUAUUAUCUAACUUUUGUAUAUGCAUAUCCUACAUACUAUUAUUGCACUACAUAAUAGAUAUCGAAAGGAACGGCUCGUGAAACGUCGACAAUGGACUCCUGAAAUAUGCUUGUAUGAAUAAUUACAAUCGAAAUACCGCGGCACCUAAACGUAGUGACAGUUUUGACUGGAUCAAGUUCACGAGUUUUGAUAUUUCCUUUUUUUUUUUUUUUUUUUGUUCAAGUAAACAUCACAUUAAACAAUUCCAGAAACUCUUCCUUGUCAGGGUAAUUACAUUAAUAAUAUACAUACCGAGAAUGCUGACUUGCAUAGGUAUUUAGAAUAUCAGCUAAAAUUUAUCCGGAAGGAUGAUCACACCCCCCGAGUUAUAUAGAUUGCUUGGUACGGUUUCCCUGCGGCGGUCACACCGGUUACCGCUUUUGGGUGCCACGGCCAACGUCAACGCUGUUGUAUAGAAAACUGCCCAGAGAAAAUAAUAUUUCUUUGUAAUUGAUAAUAAAAAAUAGAUACGCAAUAUUUUUUACAAUUUCGAUUAAAUCACACAAAAAACGCAUUCUAGUCGUGGCUCGUGCACAUAUAGGUACCUACCAUACGUAUUAUACAUAUUGUGUGCGCAAAACUCAUAAAUAUAUUCGUCACGAGCAAUAAAAAUAAAUACACGUACAUAAUAAAUGACGUAUCCGGUAUUAUAUUUUUUUAAACUGAUACUAUUUUUAAUCUGUAUCCAUUAAUUUGGCAAACGUAACGAAAUCGUUUGGUUUUGUAUGGGUGUGUGUGUGUGUGUGUGUAAUCUUAACUUUUGAAUAACACGCGCCGGGAAUGCGGUUUACGGGAAAACUCGCAACAUUGAAAUAUUCGUCCGAAAAAACACUAUUAUUUUAACGAAUAUCUCGACUAGUUCUUACGGUGUAAGAAUAUAUUAUAAAAGUGUAUAAUAUUGAUUGCAAUAACCUUUUUUUUUUCAUUUUUUUAAAUUAAUACAAAAUAGGUGAAUAUAAUAUAAUUUAAAAUUGAACUCGAGAUUGACUAGGUAUAUAUUUAGACUGUAGUAAAUGUGUCGAAUAAAUGGGUAGUAUAUUAUACAUAUCAUCAAAAUAAAUUUCUGAAAUUAUUGAAAUCUUAAAAUUUAGUAUUAUAUAUUUUUAACUAAACCAAAAAAAAAAUUUCCUUUUCCUAUAAAAACUUGAAUUAAACAUUAUACAAAUCAGUAAAUAUACGGUUUACAAUAGUUUUGGCCUUAAAGUUACAUAAAUAUAAAACAAACCGAUUUUUGAAAUACACUUAAAAUAUGAAAAAUAUAAUAAUAUAUUAAUCAAUUAUAAAAUUUAAUAUUGGUAUUAGUAUAUUAUUAUAGUUUUCUUUUAUAUUCGUAAGAAAUUGAUUAGGUAAUAAACACAUUUAAUUGAUAAUACCUAUGAUACAAUAAUUUAGAUAUGUAUAUUUUGAAGUGAACACUGUACGUAACUGCUAUUUAUACAUGCAGAUUUUUUAAAUAAAAUUUGCAAACAAUUUGUUUUAGAUAUAUUAAAAUAUCAUUAUAAAGUAAAGAAUUCUAUACUUAGGUAUUAUGAUCUUCGAUUAAUAUUGAUUCAACUGACGUUAUCUUUAUUGACAAGUUGACAACAUAUUAUAUUAUAUACUGUAUAAAAUACUACGUCAAAAAUGUUUUAUUUUCGUUUACGAAUAUUUUGUUUACGCUAUUGAAUAUAUAUGCUCGGUUAAGUGUAAAGUUUUAAAAAACCAUUUAGUUGUGCGUGAUUUUUCAAAAUUCUCGGUUGAACUGCACGAUGGGGGAUUAAAAGAUGGGAGGAGUUGUAUUAAAAAAAAUGUACGAUGUAGAGAUUUAAUAACACAGAUAUGUAUAAUAUAAUAAAUAUUAUAUAAAUAUAAUAUGUAUAAUAUUGUAUAAUACAGAGUAUGUAAAGUCGUUAAAACGUUUUACAACGUCAAUUUAAAAACUAUAUCUCAUUGGACAUCAAGAGUCGUGUAAUUUAUAUUCGUGUAUACAGUGUGUAUGUAUACACGUAAAAUCUAUAAACGGUUUUAAAUUUAAUUUACAAACUAUUAUACAAUCAGUUAAAAAGAUAGUGAUUUAAACAUAUUAUAUGAGGUCAAUUUGCCAAAAUUUGAUCAUAUUGAAUAAGAUGCGGCUAAAAUUGUUUGGCAACAAAAUCCUUCAGUUAUGGCGGGGGCAUUGAACUCCUCAAAAAACUAUGUAAAAUACUAUAAACUAUGAAAUGUUAUUGUAUCAAAAAAAAAAAAAAAAAUACAAUUUCUUAAACUAUUCAUCUGAAAUAAAAAUCACAAUAUAAUGUUCUGUAGAGUGUAGCUGAUCAUUAUUCAUUCGACUUUAUUAUUAAAUGUACAUAUAACUCAUCGGUAUUAUUUUUCCAAACACAUCGAUCAAAAUCAUUUUCGUUUAUAAAAUGUUUAAUGGUAGUAAUUUGUAUUUUUAUCUGCGUCAAUCCAAUUCAAUUAUGGUAUAUCGUUUGAUCCAUAAACGUUAGAUAAUUGAUAUAUAAUGAAGGUUGCCCGAAACCAAGGGUGUUCAUUCACUUACUGAAAUACAAAGGAAGUUGAAAACUUUUUAUACAAUAUUUCAUCAACUAUAUUUACAAAACACGUAAUAUUAAAUAACAUAUUAAAUUAAUCUUAUUUUUUUAAUAAAACCCUAUUAAUGUGUAUUAUACAAUUAUAUGCUUUAAUGAUUUAGAGUAGGUAUAUAGAACUUAAAACAAAUUUAUACCUAAAGAAAUAUACCUAUUUCUUAUACCUACUAGUCAUGAUUUCACCGUUUUAUAAAACCUUAAAAAGUAUGUAAUUUAAUAAAUCAUAUAUAUUAUACGAUAUAUUUUAAAAAUAUAUGAUGUUCUUCUCUAAAUUGUUAUAUUGGAUCAAUUCACAAUAAUAUUAUUCGAAUAUUUAACAAAUAUUAUAACUUAACAAGACGAAAUUGGUUCUAUACUGAACGAAAAUGUUCUAUGUCGUGCGUUUUUAAAACAAAAAAUGCAUGUGCACUGUACAGAAUCCUUUGAAUAUUAUCGUUGUUCUAUAAAUCUUAUUGCUUUAAUAUAAUUUAUAGUUGUUAAGCAUUUAAAUAUAAUCGAAAACGUCUUAAUAUCAGCUGCCGAGUACUCUACAGUCGGCUAAACAAAACGAUUUCGAAAUUAAAAACACUAAACCUCGUACAAUGCAAACUAAUCUGCAACAGCCGUUGUAUAUAGCAACACAAUAAUAUACAGAGGUGGCCAAAAGUCGCGCAACGCCUACCGUCUUGUAUGGAAUGCGCAUUACGGCGCAGUUUCUCCCUUCACGUCGUUUCCGUUACGUAAUAUUGCAACUUUGGUCUCGUUAUCUUGUUUACGUACAACAACAGCAAGGUUUAUAAAAAAACGACAUAUUUAACAUAAAACACAACAGUUUUUAAAAAAAAACUGUGUUACAAAUUUGUUAUGCGACUUUUGGCCACCUCUGUACUUUGUACGCGAGUUCAAUGACCGAGUUUCCUUACUCGGUUUCCUCGUUUUCCCGUCGACUUAGCAUAUAGGCCAUCUUAUUUAUCUUUCAGGGUGACUAUUUCUCAACACACACACGCACGUACACCCCCGAGUUUCCCUCAGCAUAGCCAUGUCUUAAUCAGUAGCGCGGCAAUCAUACAUACAAUAUGUAUUAUAUCAAACCCUAAGCAAAGUACCUAUUGAAAAAUUACCACUUCAAUUCCCUUCCGACCUAUAGGGCACAGGUUAAAUUUAUAUAGUGAUAACAGUGACUUUGUAAAUUUCUUUAUCGUGAAUCAAAAAUUUGAUGAUGGUCUCUCAAAAUCAAUAUCAAUUAUCAUUGUAAUCACUUUAUCAGUAAUAUAAAAAUGACGCGUACUAUACAUCAGAAUAUGUUUCCUAAUAUGUUUGUGAACCUGAACCACACACAACACUGACAAUAUUGAGCCAUAGCUUUCCCCCCAAAGCUUUUACUGAAUAAAAAUAUCUUUUAUGCUAACGGUUAAGUAAAAUAUUUAUUCUUAAAGCUAAAAUACCAACGUUUUCUACCAUAAAUUAAAAUUGUUGAUAAAAAUAUUAUUGUUGUUUGAUAAAAUAGACUAUCAAGUUAUACAUAUUAUGUUAAAACUAUUUGUUUAACACCUUUUAUCAUCACUUGCUCAUAACGUAGUUAGAGAUAUCUGAAGUUUCACGUGGUUCAUAACAUGUAAGUGAUACACAAAGUGCAUUUUAGUUAUUUCUUCACUAUAUUAUAAAAUUUAGUUAAAAAUGUAAUCUAUUGAUAAAACCUAUUCAAAAAAAGAAAAUUUAGUUUUUAUAUCUUAUGUUUUUGGAAAAAUCUAAAAAAUUUAAAAAAGUUCAAAAGUGGAAGUUCACCGGAUGCCAAUAUAACCACACUAUCUACACAUACACCUACCGGAUGUGAUUUAAUUCAUUAUCACAAAUACUGCAAUGUUAUGAGAAGAUAUCCGUAAAUCAUUUUUAUAAUUUACAUAGCUCAUCUUGCCUUCCCUCUAGUUGCACCUGUGUAGUCCAGCUCUUUAACAUUUUUUUAGAGCUGAGCAAUAGUUUCUUAAGGAAAAUGUCGUCGUUUAUCGCGCCACCGUGCGUCUUUUCCGUUGGUGUUCACCCGGGAUAUUAUUACACCGGAACACAUUUUACGCGUCAUUAAACGUCGCGACAUCGAUAGGAAAAAGAAAGGCAAGAAUAUAUAGAAAGCAAGAAGGAAAAAAGAUAAUAAAAAAAAACACCGGGUUAGGAUCGGAGACGAAACAGAUGUCUCUUUACGUUAAAUUCGGCCUAAUUGAACGGAGUUUUUAAUAAGGAAACUACGUCGUCUCGGCCGUUUAAUCCUGAGACCGAUGACGCGUGUACGCACGCGCACGAGUAUAAUAUACCUAGAUUGCGUGGACGUCUAUGCGAAUGAGGAGUUUUUCGCCAAGGGUCGUAUACAGAGGGGAAAACCUUAAACCGAUGUAAAACCCUUACCUAUUUAAAAACAACAAUCAUACUUAAAACACGAGGUGAAGACCCGUGUUUAUUUACAUACAUAUUGAAAUCGGUGGCGGAAGUAAAUGAGGAGGGGGGAAGGUUAACCAUCGUCGCCCAAAAACGAUGAGAAAAUGUUAUACAAAGGACGAAAAUAAUAAUGGAGGACAACGAGAUUAUUAUUAUCACCGAUGGCGGUAUCAUUAAAUUGGCUUUACGCGGCCAUCGAUUAUCGAAGACUUAUCGACGGUAAUAAAAUACCUCGUAAAUCGAAACAAAAAGAAAAUAUAUGAAAAUAAUAUUAAUCAUAGUAUUACAUUGACAAAGUCGAAGACGAUAUUUCGUUAACGCAUUUGGCAUAUUAACUCAUUUUUUUAAAAUAAAUAUAAUAUAUACUUAUAUAAUAAUAAAUUAUAUAAAGGGUGUAACGUAAACGUAACCUACUCCAACGGGUUUUGAUCUAUUUAUUAUUUAGCGUAUGGUUUGUGAUUUCAUGCAAUAGCCUAACGAUAAUAAGGUAACAUAAUACAAACAAGAUAAAAAAAAACAAAAAAUAAAAUAAAAUAUAUAAUAAUAUGAAUGACAGUGAGUAAUAAAUAAUAUUAUUAUUAUUAUAUUAAGGCAUCAAAUCAGUGUAUUUGGUAUUUAGAGUUGGAGAUCUAAUUUCCCUAGCCAUUCAAUGAAUGUGGAUGGAGUUGUAAAACAAUUGAUUUUAGGUCCCUGAUAGGAGCGGCUUGAGCUUUCAGAAACAAUGUGGUUGAUGGUCUGCUUCUCUGCACCGCAAUCACAUUCUGGUGAAUUUUCUAUGCCUCAUUUAUGCAAGGAAUCUGCACACCUACCAUGGGAAGUACGGAUAUUCGUAAUUAUCCAUGUACUAUUGUGGCUUAUUAAUGUAGUCUUUAAUGUAAUUAAUUAAACUUUAACAAAAAUUUAAAGGGGUUGGGGAGUUAAUUUUUAUAAACACUUUGCUUAGGCUUUGAAAUAUGCUCGUUACAACACUAUAUAUAUGUCCCAGAAUUAUAUUCACUGUAAUAAAUAGACAUAAUGGAACAAUUACUCAUUGUAUCCAUGUAUUCUGCAUUCACGAAUAUAUUAUCAUUCUCAUAUCUAUAGUAUAUUUUAUUGUUUUUUUUUUUUUUUUUUAAUAGUUUUAUUCUUCUGCUAUAAAAAUACAUAAUAUUACGAGUAUUGUCAAUAAUUUAAUAGGAUAAUACUCAAGUAGUCAUACUCGUUAUUUUUUUAUUGGCAAUAUUAUUAUUUCAAUCUACUCAUUCAGUAUUCUGGUAUUCAGUUGUUUUUCGAUCGUAUUAAAAUACAUUUUAUCACGGGAUAAAUUAUAUAUUAAUACAAACAAUUAAGUAAAUGGAUAAACACCCUUUACUUAUUAAUAAUAAUCAGUAUACUAGGUCUGUAGUAUUUUUAUCGAAGUUUAUGGAAAUCUGAAGAAAAAAAAAUUGUAAAUGAACAACAAAACAACAUGUGGAAAAGAUGUAUAAAUAAGAAUGUCUGCCGAAUUCAGCGAUGUUAAUUAAAAUAAUAAAUAUAUAUGAAUUCAAAAACUCAACAGUUUUAAUACAAACAUAGAAAAUAUGUUUAUACCCCAAUGCUAAAAUUAACAGAACAAAAUUAACGAAAAGUAUAAAUUUACCUAACGUAAUUUCAUGAAUUGGGCAAUUCCGCUGAUAGGGUGUAACAUAUUAUGUAAUAUAUUUAUUUAAACAAAACAUUGUAGGCAUUUUAGAUGCGGAAAUUAACAUUUUAAUUUAAAAUCGAACUGUUGUCAGUAUUAGGUCAGGCCAUAGCCUGAUUAGCCUUACCCGUAGUUUCGCCUAUUCAUGGGAUAUUCGAGUCAAACGUUUAUUUUGGAUACGUGGAGGAUAAUAAGGACAAUAAGGCACCCAUCAUAUAUUUGAUAAUAUUGGACAAAUAUUGCAAUCAUAAUAUAAUAUAAUAACCAACACUAUCUAUUAUACGUUAGCAUCAAUAACAAUUUUCAACAGAUACACCACCGUUUAGUUGGAUUUUGUUAGGCAAUAACGUUAUAUUACAAUUUCCAACGAGAAAAAAUAUAAUACUUUUGUAGCGUUUUUGCAUAGGGAUUAUGAUUGAUAGGUAUUCGAUUCGUACGCCUUUGUCCGAUCUAAGUACUUGUAGGUCUAAUAUAAUAUGAUAGCAUAAUAUAAUACAUAAUUUUCGUCGAUUACUGUCGAUAAAUGUUAUAGUUAGUCGCACAAAAAAAAAAAAACAAAAUAAAUAUUACAUAUUACUGUGUGUGUGUGUGUGUGUGUGUGUGUGUGCGCGCGUGCGUGCGUGUGUGUGUGUGUGUGUGUGUGUGUGUGCGCGCGUGCGUGUGUGUGCGUGUAUUGUACAAUAAGUCGAAGAAAGACGUAUAUAAUAUAUAUACGAUGAAAACUCGUAGACAAAUAUAAUAUUAUUAUAUUAUACGAGUAUAUAUACAAAAAAAAUUCCCUAACAGUGGGUUUCACGAAGGACCGGUGAAAGAGACGACCCAACGACGACGAAAAGAGCGAAGAGAGAACAUUUGCGGUACAAUAUUUAAAGGGACAAAGGCGGUUUGUGUCCAAGCCAAAUUCGCACAAUAAAACUGGCAUUAGUCCAAGUCUCGAGCUUCGGCCGCUAAAACUUCCCCAGGCGUCUAAUUAUAAAACACCGGCCAACGCUGCCGUGUAAGCAUACAACAAGGGGUCUCCGGGGUAGAGGUAUAGGUAGCGAAUUUUAAGGAGAAUUUUUCUACUGAGAGGCGCUGUUUUCAAUUUAAAACGUUCUUGAUGUACGAAACAUAAGAAUAUGUUGCUGCGAAAAAAAAUAUGACACGAUCCAAAGAUUUUUGAAUUUAAAAAAAAAUCUACAUUAAACUCAAUUUUUUUUUUUACCGCAAAGUACGAUUUAUAAUGAACCUCCUGUUUAAUUUUCAAGCAUUUCUAUUUGGUCUACCAAUUUUAUCCACAUAUCGAAUAAAAAUUACAUAAAAAACUGCCAAAAUUAAAAUUACUAUAAGUAGCUCAAAAAUGGCUAAAAUGCUUUUAACAUUUUAUUGCGACUAGAGAAGGUAAACAUAAGUUUUUGGUCCAAAUAUUUGAUAUCAAAAUCGUAUACUACGAAUAUUCUUAAUUGAAUCACAACAAAAAAAACAAUAUUGAAAAUAAUAUAUUUCAUAAAUAUUGUCACGUUUUUCGCAACUAUUAUUAAAAUCGCCGGAAAAAAUGACGUCCUUAAAGUACCACUCAGAUAAAAUUUUCUUUCGGGUAAGGUACACACUUAAAAAUCGGAGCAAGAUUUAAAAAAAAACAUCAUUUUAAAACUAAUUCAUUCUGCUUCAUUCAUUCUAACUCACUCUGUUCAAAAUCUAAAAAAUACUAAUUCGCAUAAUUACAUAUUUAGAAUAUCGAUCGGCGCAGUUAAUGUAGGUAUACCUUUUAUUUUUUUUUAUCCCAUAAUUUUAAAUACUGAGUGGAGCGAGAAAUGUAUUGGUAUUACAAUGUUGUUUAUUAUUUUUUUUUUUUUUUAUCAAACAACUUGUGAACAACUUUACUAUCAAUAAUUUUGCUCCAAUUUACAAUGAAAGCGCUUUUCCUGAAAGGAAAUUUGACUGGGAUAGUAUUGUAAGGAGAUCAUUGCUAAUAUACAUAAUAUAAUGAUUUGAUUUAUUUUGUAUUUUUCAUAAAUAGUAGAAAAAAUUUGUCGUUUAUAAAAAUCCAUAAGAAAAAUACCUACAUUUUCGUUUCAUAUUAUAUUUAUAAGUAGCCCGGCGUAUUGGCUCAUAGAACAGUCUUCAUUUAUGAUUUCUUAACAGUUGAAUUUAUAUUUUUUAAAAUUAAGAAUUAAAAAAAAUAAAAACAUUUCCUUUUUCCCCUUUUUUCGUGUUUUUAUGGCAUUUUAUAGCUUAUUUUAAGAUUUUUAGUUCAUAAUAUAGCGCAUAUUUUAAGAUUUAUUAGAUCAUAUUAUAUUUCAGUUAUAUUUCAGUUACUUUCAGUAGGUACUAUAAAAUCUGAGCCCUACUUAUAAUAUAAGAAUCUACUGUUGGGACUUAAUAUUCAUUCACAAUGGGAUAUUCGUAAAAUAUUCUCGAAUUGAAAGAGACUUAACUGAAAAAUUAGUUUUCGUCCGACGUCAUCGUCGCUCGAUGAGCUGCAUUAGAAUAAAUCACGACUUUUUCAAAAAUAGUUUCAUUGAUUCUAUACCUACUAAAAAGUGAACUACGAAACUCAAAAUUCAAAGUAUAAUAAAAUGGGCGUUCAAAUCGAAAUAAAUAAUACUAAUUAUCAUUAUAAUAAAGUUAUUCAGUUAAAAUAAAAAGAAAUGAAAAGACAAAGAGGUUUCAUUAGGAGGCCCGCGCCAUUGCACCGGGCAUGUUUAAGAUAUUAUUAUUUAUUGACAUUUAUGUAAUGUUUUGUUGUGUAUAUAUAUGUGUGUUUUUUUAUCAUAGUGAAAUAACGAAGACAAAACUCUCAAACGUAAAAAAUAGAGACGCUCGAGUGUAAAAAUAAUUGGAGGGGAAAUGUUGCAUUUGUGAAUAAUUAUUGAAGUUUUCUUUUCACCUCGAAGAAUUAACUUUAAAUUCAAAGUCAUUAUGUCGCCAUCCAUCCUCUUUUUUUUUUAUAAAAGAGAAUAUUUGCUCUCUUCUUGUCACCAUUAAAUAGUUCUUUCAGUGUUUUUUUUUUCAUUCCCCGUGAACUAUAGCUGCAGGUGUAUAUUAUAAUGUAGCACGUGUCUGUCGGGACGCGUCUCCCAAUUUGUCGUAGUCCGAGAUUGAUUGCACGUGGGAAUAACUGUAGGUAUGCCGGUUGUGGCGCCAAUUUUCUUCGGCUAUCACCGUCAUCACGUUUUUCUCGUACGACGCAUUUUAUUUCCAUCGCUCUUCCGACACCGUUAAAACCACGGUUGUUGCUCACACAUUGAUCAAAUUGUAUUCCCGGUUGGGAAUAUCUCGGAUCUGAUAUUAUUAUUUAAAUGUUAUAUAAGUAUAUUCCUAACCGAAAACAUGACAAUAUGAUUAGGACUUACUUUAAACGAGGCUUUCUGUUCGCGAUAAUACGAAGCGAAUGUCAAGCUUAUAGGUAAUAGAUUUCCAUUUAACAAUUUCAGACUCUGAGUAAACAAAGAAAUGCCUUGGUUUUACUACAAUAUAUAUGUGGUUUUUGUUGUGUCUACAAAAAAAUUUUCUACCCGAAAUCUUACUCCAAUCAAAAACUUAAAAAUGACUUUCUUGGAGAAUUUUUGAUCGCUUUGCUGCUUUGAGGAGGCAAUUGUUUGUUUUGUUUUGUUGUUUUUUUUUUUUGUUUUUUUUAGUAGUUUUCAUAAUAAAUGGGAAAAACACAAUUUUUGGGAUAAUUUUUAUUGAUUUCUUAGUUACCUUGGUAACAAAGGGAAAAGAAAAAUACUACUAAUUACAUUCUUAUAAGACCCUUUCUCACCAAAACCCGAUAAAUUCCAUUUAGAAGAAACUAUGGUUAUCGUAAUUGGAAGAUUAAUCUCGGUUUAUAAGCGAGUGAAUUUCACCACGAUAACUGCGUUUUUAAUAAGCCUAGGUUAUGUACGCGAAUUAAGUCUUAUAAAUUUUUUUCUGAGUCCACCAAGUUCUCAUUAUUUGGCAUAACAGCUAGCACUUUAAGUCAAAAUUUGUAUAGAAAUCAACUAAAACCAGUUUAAAAUUUAAACUGGAGGGGUAUGUAAUAAAUUACAUAUCUAAUCUAUAACAAAUAUUGACAUAGCUUGUAAAGAAUACACUAGAUAGUGUUAAUGGCCUUACCAAAAGUGAGAAGGUUCGAGCUUCACUUAUCACCCGUUCAUUCAGUAUCAAAAAUGUAAAUUCCUUAAAAGCUCAAAAGUGGCUCAACAAAUUUGGCAAUGAUACCGUAAAAAGUAAAUCAAAAAGGCAACAAAAAAGGUUACUUGUGCUUUUUCGAUUAAACUAUUUUUUCUGAUAGAAAACAUCAUCCAUGUCUAUUAUAAAAUAAUGAAAUAAUGAAAACUAUACAUUUUUCUACUUUUUUCUCACUUAAGUACUUUUUAUUUAAAAAAAUGGCAUCAAAAAUUUAAAAAAAAAAACGUCUUUGAAGUACAAUCUAGACAACUUGAGCUUUCAGAAAAGUUGCUACACGUAAAAAUCAGAGCAAGUUUACUUAUUAAUAUAUAUAAAUUAUAUAAAUUAAAUUACUCUACAUUAUUUUAUCUUACCUCUCUGCUUCCCUCCUAAAACAGUGGCACACCCGUCAACACGUUGGCAUAUUUAGUUACCCUGUUAUUUGUUAUUGGCGUUUCAGUUUUAUUUUCUACCACAUUUUAAACACGUGUAUAUGAGUGGAGGGAUUUGAGGAUUUGAACACCCAUUGAUUUUAUUUUGCAUCAUUACAGUUAUUCAGUUCAUCUGUAGUCUUUAUUCAGUAAUAUUUCAGACUACUGAAGUAUAAAAAUGAUUAAAAAAUUAUAAUAAUUUGUGUUCUUGGCAUUUGAUCGAUUAUACGUGUUUUAUAAUCAUAUUAGUACAUGUUUACUACACAUACAAAUAAUGAGUUUAAUAAUAAAUCAUAAUGAAACAUUACUAUAUAAUAUUGCUAUCAUCACGUUUUUGUAUUUAUGAACAAUACAUGUAAAUAUAAUACUAUUUACUAAUAAUUAAUAAGAAUUUUAGAUUCUGAGGGAAGAAGUUUAUGGUUUUACAAAGAUGUUUAUUUUUUUUUUUUUAUAUAUAUUCUUUGGACAUUUUUUCUACCAGAGAUCUUGCUCCAAUUUUUAUAUGUAGCAUAUUUUUUGAAAAUAAAUCAGUGUGGGGAGGUACUUUAGGGAAAUCAGUUUUCGAUAUUCUCAACAAAUUUGAAAACCCGAAAAAAACGGAGGAAAAACGGGAUCCAUUUUAAUUUUGGAAUUGGAAUAAUUGGAAUUUUACCAUAAUAUGACAUUUUUACAAAGCAGCAUUAUCAACUAAUCUCCGCUUAGAAUCAGUUUUUCGUUAGUAAUAGUUUAUCGUUGCUUACAAGUGUACAUUAAAUUACUUAUUAUAGUGGCUGCACCCGACCCCAUUAUCCUUUAUGUAUAUAUUUUUGUGCUACCACCCCCUCCCCCUCCAUAAAGAAAUAGUGCGCACGGGCUUGUUUUCAAUAUUCGAUGACUAAACAAGAUUGGUAAUAAUAUUGAUAUGAUGUUAUAAGUGUGAACUGUUCAGUAGUUGAUCUUAUCCGUUUAGUAUUACGUUCGUAUUGUAUGAUUGAAAUAAACUAAAUAUUUUUCAACUAUGGUAUUCUGACUAGUACAAAUUUGUAUAGAUUUUUAAAACAAUUUUAAACUUUUUUUUUUCCAUUAUAUCUUAUCUAUAUAAAAUCGAUGUAUUAAUAUAUUAAAUAGUAACAUAUAUUCAAAUCCAGUGAGAGCGAUCGUUCCUAUCGCCUCCUCUCCUAAAAUACGCCUCUGUAUCAACAGUAUUAGCCUUUGUUUUUUUUUACAAAGAUAUAGAUUGAAAUUGUAUAAACAGAAAAAUAUUAAAUUUAUAUAAUAAAGUUACAAUGUUUUAAAGCAACAAACUUAACGUUUAUUCAAAAUUACAUACUAUACAACUAUUAUACCUACCUAAGUUAACCUAAUAUUUAUACCAAUAUUAGUCACUAAUUAGAUAUAUUUGGAUCAGUCAAACUAGAAAUCGAUUUAGUUGUGCAUUUUAAAUUUAAAAAACAAUAAUAAUAAAACAAAAUCUAUUUUUACAAUCUUAUGAAUCAUAUACAUUAUGUCCGCAUUUGACAUAAAUACUAUUUAUACAGAUUUUUAAGCACGAGCAUUAAUUUAAAAACCCUUAAUCGUUUUUAUCAUGUAGGUUCCAUGAAUAAUUUAUGGGUUGGAUUACACGUAGUCUUAUACUAAUAAAUAUUUUAUUUUCAAACAAAUUUUAUUUUUAUUGCAUUUUAUUGCAAAUCGAAAUUGUGCAUGAGUAAUAUGAAUACAGAAUAAUGAAUAUACAUAUAAUAUUUACAGAUCCCAAGAUAAGGAGAAGAAGAGGAGGUAUACCCAUAUCAUUUAUGAAUGUUUUUUUUUUUUUUUAGGAAGAUUAUUCAUUACAUGAUUAUCAUAAAAUAUUUAGAUCCUGGCACUCUUAUCGUUACUUAAGUAUUAGUUUACAUACCUAUCAUAUAUAAACGCAUAUAAUAUAAUAUGUUACGUACUUUCUGCGUGGUUAAUGUGUAUAUAUAUAUAUAUAAACUUUGUCAUUGCAAAAAAAGAAAAAUUUACAAUAAGAUGAAUUUGAAUUCAAUGAGAAACUGAGAAACCAAUACAGGUGCAAAGGAUCUAUUCCGGCGUAUAUUAUUUUAAAUAAAACUAAUGUACGACGCAAGCUUGGAAUUAUUAGAAAAUAAUGUGGAUAUAGGAAUAGGUGUGCGAGAAAAAGUUUAAGUUCACUAAAAAGGUUUUAUAAAAAAAGACGUAAUAUCCCCGUAGCCAUCUAAACAACUUAAAGUUCAUUUAAAUAUAUUAAAAUAAUAAAAAAAAAAAUAAAAAAAUACUCAUAUGAAUUGGCACGGGUUUAAUAUAAUUCAGAGUUACAUAUAUAUAAACAAAUAAAUAAAUAAUAGAUACCUACGUAAAUAUACAAAUACAUCACAACUCAUGAAUUGAACAAAUAUCCAUUUCAUGCAUUUUACGAUAACGAUGAUAUUAACAAAACUUUGAGUAAUAGAUAAGAAAACAGGCAGUAGUAUGAUAAAAGGAAAAGAAUACAAAACUAUGUAUAUGUCUAUUGUUUAUUUUCUGAAUAAUAAACCGUAGAAAAUCUAGAUUUAAAAGUUCAAAAAGUUUUAAAACAAUUCACUUAAUCUAUUUAACAAUUUUAUUCUAAGUAUCUAAGUGUAACUUUUUUCAAACUUUUGUAAAUCUCUUAAAAGUGAAAUAUUUUAUACCGAUAUAAAGAUAUACAUGAGUUUAUGUUGAAAAUUAAAUGUACAAUCUAAAUUUUAUCUUUUUAUACGAAUACUUUUUAUAAAAAUCAAUAUUUUUUCAUAUUUAGUUAAUUUUUUGAUUUAAAAAUGACAUUAAAAUUUAUAAUUAUUAAUUUGAACACUAAAAUUCAAAAGUCAAAUAUUGUUAGUGACCAGACAACGCAAAACUAUACCUCAUACUUAUAAAUAGUUAGAACUGUAUGUAAUGAUACACUUGUGUGUCCAAUUGUGUUUAAAGCGAUCCUAAAUUCAUCGAGUUUACAUUACCUAUCAAAAUAUACAUAAAAAAAAAAUAAUGAAAUCAUCAUAUCAUCAUUCGUUAUUAGUGGAGUAAAUGAUAGUUUUUAAAAUAUUAAACUGGGUAUUGAAAAGAGACAGAAACAACACAGGAUGUAUAAUGCUGUCAAUAAUAAAGUCUCCGGAUCGGGAGCAAACACAAACAGCUGCAAAAAUUCCCACAAGCUCAUCAACUAAACAAAUUAUUAAAUAUUACUAAUACAUUUUUUGAGAAAAAACAGUUUUUUUUUAUAAAUCUUUGUACUUCUUUUUUUUCUCUUUUAAUUUUCCGGUCCAUUUGAAAUAUGGUUUUUCUAUCUCCAUUUUCCAUCAAUAUUUCUUUCCUUUAUUAUUUGUUAUUAUUAUUACAUUACAAACAAAUGCGCGUUUUAAAUUAAGGAUAUAAAUUCUCUUAUUUUCUUAUAAAAAGAAACCUUCAGAGUUUUAAACGACACAACAGUGUUUAUUUGUAAUUUUCAAAUGCCAGCGCUGAAAAUAAUAAUAUGUCUAACCCAAACGUGAAUGCCAAAAAUACCGUAAUCGGCAGCGUUCACACAGUUGCGCAUCGUCGGCGACGAUGAGCGAAAACAGUUGCAUCGUGCAAUAGAUAUAUAAUUUCUUAAUAGACUCAAGUUCAUACGAAAUUAAAAAUCGUAUAUUGCGCAAUAACUUUUUACGUUUUUCUCUGUCUUGAAAUAAACACCCACGUAAACGAACUCGUUAAUAUACAAACGAUGAGAUGGGACAAGGUGAACGCUAUAUAGGAUCGGAUUCACUCGACGAACACGUCUAUUUAUAGAGGUCUCGUAACCGUAUCUACACAAUAUUUUAUGUUCUUAGUCUCAGUAGCUUGUUCGCCUCCGUACCGUGUGCUACGCUAAAAAUACGAUGAACAACUGUGCCGGUGGAACGAUUUUAUUAUAAUAUUACAUAUUGCAAGACAUUGGAUUGUUUCGAGGUAAUUUUUUGCGAUUUCGCGCGCAAUGAUGGAUAUUAUAUAAUAGCGCCGUAGCCAGGGGAGGGCAGCACGUGACACACCCACCCCCCCCCUCCUCGAAAUCAUUUGUUUAUUAAUUAUUUCGAUUAUUUUAUAAUACUUAAAAAUAGCAGAUAAUUAUAAGAUUAUUAGUGUCUUCUCUCUCCCUGAAAUUUUUUUUGUCUUAAAUGAUUGUUUAAUAUAAUUUGAUUUAAAUGAGAAUAGGAAGGGUUCGUGUAUAUAUAGGGAGACGAAAUUCGAACAGUUUUAGUUGUGUACUGAAUGCAAUUUACUUAAUAUAAACGCAUUCUGAAUUUUAUCGUUGAAUUAUUACAAUCAUUACACAUUUUGAAGCGACAAAAAGGACUGGAAAAACAAAUAUUACUGAGCUACUGCUACUUUGAAGUCCAUAUGUAUACAUACCGUUUGUCUUGAAUAAAUAUUGUUAUCAUUAUAUUAUAAAAAUAAUUAAAUUUGUUGAAUUCACAAUUGAAUUUAUGUUUUCAGAGCAUAAGUGAAAAAAUAACUAAUCAAUUAUUCAAACACUAAAACGAAAUGGAACAGUUCGAGCAACUGUUGACAUGUGCAAUAUGUUUGGAUAGGUACAGAAAUCCAAAAUUGUUACCAUGUCAACAUUCGUUUUGUAUGGAACCAUGUAUGGAUGGUUUAGUGGACUAUGUGCGAAGACAGGUAGUCAAAUUUCUAUUAUUAUAAUUUUAAACUGUUUAAUAAUUUCAAUAGUUUAAUUUGUUGUUUUAAUUCCGAAGGUAAAAUGUCCAGAAUGCCGUGCAGAACAUCGGAUACCGUACAACGGCGUUCAAGGAUAUCCAACAAAUGUUACUUUACAGCGUUUUUUAGAACUGCAUAUAGAAAUUACUGGGGAGUUACCAGAUCCAACAAGUGGACAAAUAAUGAAACGAUGUGGCGUAUGUUCAGAAAAGGCGUAUGUGACACCGUGUGUUCAUUGCGAAAAAGAUGUAUGUUCAGACUGCAAAGGUGCUCAUAUGGACAUAUUGAGAAGAGAAAUUACUCGAAUUAACAACCAAGUAAAAUAUUAUCAGUUCGUUUGGAAUUAUUAAGUUUUGAACAUAAAUUAAAUGGUUUACAGGUAAGGCGGGCAUUACAUAGAUUAUCAGAUAUGCUUGCUGGUGUGGAAAAGAAUAUGUUGACUUUGCAAAACAACUGUACUUCUGUUACCGAAGAAGUAGACGAAAUCAAUCGCAGAUUAGCUAAAGCUUUAAAAGAUCGUACCGAUCAUCUAAGAGGAGAAAUCGAUCGAUACUUAACAACGGAAUUAAAAAAUCUAUGCAAUCUUAAAGAGAAUUUGGAAAUCGAAAUAUCAAACAUCCAAAGUAAUUGUGAUCUAGCAGAUAAACACAUGCAAUCGGAUGAUGUGGAAUGGGAAGAUAAUGAACUUAUGGAUGCUAAGGAAAUAUUUUUGAAAACUGUAGAAUUUAUUCGAAAUUUUGAAACGGAAAUUGGAGAUUAUAGUAGGAGAGCUAAAUUUUUUAUGGCGCACGAUCCAAAUCAAUUAGUCAUGCAUGUUGCUAGUUAUGGUGAACUUACUAUUCAAGCUCCACAUCAACCAUUCAAUUCAAGUUCUAAUUCUCUCCAGGCACCAAGUCCUGGUGGCCUCAUGCGAUCCAAAAGUGAUCACAGGCUAGCUUCACAGUAUCGACAGGAUGAAAGAAAUACGUAUGAACCAGGUGGUGAAAAUAGUGGUAGAGUAUCACCGCUAGGUGGUAGAAAAUUUGGUGAAAGAUAUCCAAGUCGGUACACGCGUGGUGAUAGGAAUGACUACGAUGCAGACUCGACACACGAUAAUGAAAAUAGAAGUUCAGCUAGAUCUAGAAUCAGAUCUAGAUUAGGAAGACAUGGCCAUGAAAAUACAGAUUCGGAUACGGAUUCCAGAUCUGUGCGUUUCUCAGAGUCCAAUACGGUACACCGUGAACGAGAGCGGGUUUUGGACACAGAAGACGUGGCUAAAGGUCCUUUAAGUGGUAUCACAAGAUUGUAUGAUUCACCUAGAGUAAUGAAAAGAUUAUUAGAAAACGAAAACAAAGAUAAAAAAGCAGAAGCUGUGCCUAAGCCCCAAUCCCAGCCAAUUCAACCGCCGAAAAAAAUAACUCCACAACAAACACCACAACGACAAUUGAGCGAAGACGAUGAAAUCGCGAGAAUAAAACGACAAAACAAAACGGCAUCGACAUCAUCGGACACUGAAAGAAGAGACAGAGUUAGUACAAUUAAGCGAGAUGACUCGAGAGAUUCGAAUAGAUCGAAUACACCUUCAGAAACUAUACGAAAGACCCCUGUACCAGAACCAUUACCAGUAAGAUUAAAAUUAGUAUAUACAAUUACAUUUUAUUGUAAUUUAUUAGAUAAAUUAUUUCGAUAUAUAGGUAGAUGUCAUAGAAUCAUCCGAAAGUGAAUCCGAAGAAGAUUCGGUUGAUGUAGUAGAAUCAAUAAGAACUACACCAGCUAAAACUACAUUUCCUCCGUCCACGUCGUCUACAGUAACAGAUUCGAGACGAUCUUCCACGGCAUCAGAUAAAUUGACAUCAAAAGGUAAUUAAUUUCAUUUGUAGUAUAAAUGUAUAUUUAAAUUAAAUUUUAAAUAACUAACAUAACGAGUAUCUGUAUGCUCCCUAGGGAAUACUAGACUAAAAUCAACUAGAUCUGAGAGUAUCGAUAGUUCCGGUUCUUCUGAACCUCCUGGGACACCAGUUCGCAGAAAUGCCGGAAAUACAUACCCACCAGAAGAUGUGAAACAAUCACCGGUCAGUACAAGUUCUGGAAGUACUACUCCACGUGCUCGAUUUUCUUCAGUCUCUUCAAAAAGAGAUUCAACUACGCCGACCAAUUCUCGAAGUUACAAUGUUACGGGUAAUAUACUAAAAUACUUAACAAUUACGAUAAUUUGUAUGGUUUUUUAUUUUUGGAAAUACCGUGCAUAAUGUAAUGCAUAUUGUAAUGCUGUAAUAAGUAAAUUAACCUAUUCUUAUACCUAAGUACGAUUUUUUAAUGUAUCAUUUUAAAAAUUACCUCAUUAUUUAUUUUAUUUUUUUAUAAAUAUUAAAACUUCAAUGUUAAAUUAUAUAUUGUGUAUAUAAUUACUACCUACAUGAAUAAUAUUAUUAUUUUCUAUGUAAAACUGUAGAUAUUAUGCAUAACUUAAACAAUUUUUUAACCAACUUUUUACAUUUUUAUACUAAAAUAUAUUAUGUUUGAUUUAAAUAACAGUUUAAUUUUAGUUUGAUGCGUUAUAAUUUUAAAUAAAUUAGUCUAAAACUGAACAUUGACUAUAAUAUUAGUGAUAAUAAAAUAUAUUUUGAAUCGUAAAUAUUAUUAUUAUUAUUAUUUAUUUAUUUUUUACUUUUUGCCAGAUGCAUCCUUACUAUAAUUUAAAAGUAGAUUUUAAUAUAGGAAUAUUAGUUUGUUCAAAAUUACUUCACAACAAUAAAUAAGUUUCUUAGAACCAGAUUUCUAACCGGGUUAGAAAAAUAAACAUAAUUAAAUUAAAUAUGUUUUAUUUUAUUGCAGACAAAACAUAAUUCUUAGGUACACAAUUUAUAGGUAAACUUAUGGAUUUAGUAAAUAUUAACGGAACAUAAACGUUAAACAAAUAAAUGUUAUUUAACAUUUUCAGAAUAAAAGAAACACAUUUUUAAAAACCUACCUAUCACACAUAUAUAAUGCAUAUAAAUACAUAGGUACUUAUAUUACAUGUUAUUGUCAUUUUUGCUAUCUUAUUGAACUAAUACUUCCAAAUAAAAAUUUUUUUUUUUUUAAUUGAACCCAUAACAUAAUUAUUAAUAAUAGGUACAAAUUAACAGGUAAAUUUUAACAGGUUAAAAUAAAUCGUAUUUUAAAUUAACAAAUUGAAUUAUUCAGCAGUAUCUAAUUUACCUUACCACUAAUAAAAUAUGUCACUAAUUAAGUGAAUGUUAAAAAAAACGUAUUGUUUCUUUUCUAGGUAACGGUGAAGGUUCUUCGAAAAAAGAAGAAAUCGAGGACGAGGAGGAAGAAGAAGAAGAAACGGAAACAUCGUCCGAAUCGUCUGAAACCGAUUCGGACGAAGAUUCGGAAGACGCAAAACCAAAAACACCGGUAACGAGAGGUAUGGAAAAAACGGAUAUUGGACCUCUGCUGGCUAGAAGCGCUCAAGCCAGGGACAACGGGAGCGGCAGUAAUAACAGCUCGAGGAGACCCAGCCUGCAAGAAGAUAGUACAUCUUACACUAGAUCGCGGUGAGUUGCUUACGCGAAAGAUGUCGAUUGUUCGUGUAGUUGCGUGUAUUCACAGUUAAAACGUAUCGGUUUUGUUUUGAAUUUCAGGUACGGCACUAGCAGCUAUAAAUCACCUGCAUCGACAUACCAGAGCCCCAGGGAAGCGGAAUCUGCGGCCGCCAGUAGUGGCAGUAAGUACCUGAACAAUACGACUCGGGCCGAACCCGCCCCGCGAUUCACUAGCAGAUUUCUAAAAAACAAAGCUAUCCAAGAAGAGAAUCCCAGCAAAUCAAAUUACAGCAAUGACGGAAAAUAUACCAGCGCUUCAGACAAGGGGUUAUUACGAAGUAGGACCAGUGCUAACCUAGAAGAAGAACUACAAGACGACACAAACGCCGCUCCUUACACGCCAUAUUCUAAAAACAAUUACGGUUCGGAUUUGUCUAGGAGUCGGUCCAGUCAUACUUUAAAAUCUCGGGAAACCUCGCCUGAUAGGCCUGUAACGAAUUCCUCAGGUACCUAUAGUAACGACCGAACAACGACAAAAGUAAACAAAACAAGACACGUCUAAUCUGUAAAUUAAUUCGUUUUAUACCUAAAUAUCUAGGUGUAUCCCACCGAUUUAACAGUAAAUAUUUUAAAAUAAUAUUAUGACUGUAUUGCUAACUCUAAAAAUAUUUUAAUAUACAGAGUGAUUCAUUAAUUAUCAACUAAAACUAAUACAUUUCGCACCCAUUUUUGGACGAUAAAUUGAUAACCCUUCCCUCCGAUCUAAAUUUUAAACUUUUAUUACUCAAAAACGGUAAAUCCAAUAUUCGUAUCAAAAAGUAUAGACGAAAUAUUAUAAUCUCUAUUUGAAGGGGGUAUAGUUUCCAUUUGGAAAUCAAACAUGUAUACUCGUUUAAAGUACAAUAACGAGUAAGGUUAACAAAUUGAAAAUUGUAUUAAAAUAAAGCUUAAAUGGUUCCAAAAUAAUUUUUAAAAAACAGAAAUCAAAUUCAGUAUAAUUCCUCCGAGAAAAUCGUUGGUUCGUGGUAAAUGGAUCGCUCUGUAUUAUUGAAGUAUACUGCGAAUAUAUAUGCACGCACUUUAACAAUAUUCUGAAUCUUAAAAAAAAAAAACGUAUUUUUGUAUUAUAUCAUAGACUCAAAUGUAACAUAGAUGCGUAUUCCGCACUCGGUAUAGCGAAUUCACUAGUGCCUAUUACCUAUUAACAAUUGCCUAUUACCUAUUACCUGGAGUACAUAAUUAUAAAGUGGAUAUUAUGUAUAACCGAAUAGAUGUUAUCUAUCCAUCGUACAGAAAACCGAUAAAAACCUGUACUUACAACACUCGGUAUAAUUGCAUUAUAUAUAUAUAUCUAUAAUAUGUAGUUUGACGUAAUAUAUUAUAACAAAUUUAUAAUGAAUUUUUUUUUUUUUAAAUUGUCAGCAGGAACCGGCGAAAAAGACGGCGCUGCGCUGAGCUCUUGGGCCAGGUACCUGAAAAACAAAUAUGGGAAUCGUGGCAAGGAAAACGCUGCCAAAGAUAGCGGAGCUGCCGCUUCGGCUGCAUCCAGCUCAACUUCUCGGCGACUUUCGCUUGGAUUACCACUCCGAUCAAACUCCACGGUCGUCGAUAGUUCGGACGAUGACCAAAAAAACAUGCAACGCUCCCCCACCUCCCAUACAAUUAUCGAAGCAGGUAAGUGACUUCAACGGAGGGUGAACAAAUCUAUUUUAAUGUUUUACAUUUAUAACAUUAAAUACCUUUACCUUUACUUUAUAAUAAUAAUAUUAUUGUUGAACCGUUCUAUAGGUAUGCAGGGCGUAGGUUCUACCCCUAGAGUGCAGUACCUACAAAAACGACAAUUGUUAUUCAAAAUUGGAGGCCGGGGGAGCGAGCCCGGAUAUUUCACGUGGCCGAGAGGCGUAGCCGUCGGCCCAGACAAUCUAAUUGUCGUAGCGGAUUCAUCAAACCACAGGAUCCAAGUAUGCACCUACUAACCAUAAUAUUGUCAUGUUGCCUAUACUACAUAAAAUAAUCGGAUUCACACACGGAAUGCAUUAUUUCACAAACAGGUUUUCGACAACUGCGGGACCAUAUUGAAAGACUUUGGGUCCUAUGGAAACAGCGAAGGUGAAUUCGACUGUCUGGCCGGAGUAGCUGUCAACCGGAUUGGUCAGUACAUCAUUGCCGAUCGAUACAACCAUAGAAUACAAGUACGUCAUUUAUAAACGUAUUACCAAUUUGCAGGGGGCAGGCAAAGUAAAACGACAUGUAAUUUGUUUUUAUUUAAAGGUACUGGACCCGUCUGGGAGAUUUUUACGGUCGUUCGGAAGUCAAGGUUCGAGUGACGGCCGGUUCAACUAUCCUUGGGGAAUCACUACGGACGCCCUUGGGUUCAUAUAUGUUUGUGACAAAGAAAAUCACAGAAUCCAGGUAGGUAAUCAAAAAACGAAAUAAAAACAAGAAAUCCUAAUGGAAAAUUCUGAACUAUCUAUAUUCCAUUACAAUGAAACAAAAAUUUAAACUAGACAUAUCGCGCGGUAUAGUCUACUCGAAUUUUAACACUUUUAUAUAUGUAUUUAAAUGAUUACAAAAUGUUCCGAACAAUAGACAAUGGACAAAAAUUAUUAAAUGUGAUAUGUUAUUAUGUUCAACAGGUUUUUCAGUCAGAUGGAACAUUUGUGGGUAAAUUUGGAUCACAUGGCAAUAAAAUCGGACAACUCGAACAUCCACAUUACAUCGCGGUAUCAAAUACGAAUAGGGUAAUUGUCUCUGACUGCAACAAUCAUCGCAUUCAGAUAUUCGACGUUAACGGCAGAGUGAUCAGCUCAUUUGGUACCGAGGGAUCAGAAAACGGUCAAUUUAAAUUCCCCAAGUAUGUAUUGAAUUCACAGUUCCUAUAAAUUGUUAUAUAUGGUUAGGGUUUAGAGGCAAAUCCGUAAAAUUGUUUUCCCAAAUCAUCAAACCAUUUUUUUUAUCUACUACAAUAUACAAAGUUCAAAUCUUACAGAUUUAAAGUACCUAUCCCUAGUUAUUGGUAUUUAAUUAUCGGCAAUAUUCAUCUAAAAAAAAAGUUUCUGGUCAUGCAUUAAAGGUGGAAAACAUGAGCUCUAUAACAAAAUUAAAAUAGCACUUAUGCAGUUAAAAUUCCUAAAAUAUUCUCUAUACAUUUUUUUCAUACGAUUUUAUCAGAAAAUUUGUAUUAUUUAAAAUACAUCUAAAAUAAUUAGGUACAUGAUAUACACGAUGAACAAAUGAAUAAUAUAAUUUUUCUUAAUGAAACUAUUAAUUUUAUAAUUUUUAUUGAUUUAGUUUAAUAAACAUUAGUCAAUUUGACAUUGAUUGAUUGAUUUAUAAAUAUAUUUAAUUUAGCAUUUCUUCUUUUAUGCACUAGAAAAAAAAAUUAGGUUUAAUGUAUUUUAUGAUUGCCGCUUUGAUAAAUGUUAUUAUUAAGAAAUAAACUGUGAAAAAAAGCACGGAAAAUCUCCCAAAAAGUAAAACAAUUUUUUUAAAUAUCUCAAAGAGAUAGAUAGUAAUAUUUUUCUGGGUAAGCCAAAUAAAAUAAUAUAAAUGUUUGAAUACUACUAAUACAAAGUUUUGAUUUUAAAAUAAUUAUGUUAAUUUUCGGAGAAAAGUGGAUAGGCACUACAAAGAGCAUGUGUCAAAAUGUCUCUUAAAAACUUAAAUAUUAAACAAUGCCCAUGUAACAAAAUUACUGAUUUGGCUUGUCGUAACAUGAAAUAAAUUUCUUUCUAACUGGCCAUUUUUUUUACAGCCACGUAAAACAAGUAUGCAAAUUCUAGGAGGUUUUUUGCUCUAAUUAUAAUAUAAUUAUGUCUUGGUGAAAAAUAAUAAUAAUUUUUAUUAGCCAUCUAUAGAUACAUUUAUACAUCAUUACAAUAAAAUAAUGUCUAGUAUAAAUGUAUAAUGGCCCAACUCACCACUGAGGAUAAUCUCUUAUUGGUGAAAUUGGAGUGCUAAUAAUAAAAUUAACAAAUAAUUAAAAUAACAUAGAUAAAACAGUAAUGUAGUAAACAGUAAACAGAUGCUUUGUCAACAUGUCAUAUUAUGGUAAAAUAAUUAAAUAGACGUUCUAUAUUUUCAUUAAAAAUAGUAGUUCAAUAUCAUACCGAUUUUCCUGUUUUUUCUACGUUUUUCUUGGUUUUCUUAUGAUUUUUCCCAGUUUUUCAUGUUUACUUGGAAAACUCUUGGGAAAAUCGAAAAAUGACCUCCCUAAUGUACCUCCCCAGUCCGAUUUCCUUCAGAAACAGUGUGACGCUUAAAAAUCAGAGAACAAUUUCUGAUAAAAGUUUGCAUAACAAAUCGAGGGGUAUUUUUCGAUUGAAAUAGUCCGAGCGAGCGAAAGCUGGGUCUCUAGGUACACCUAAAAUGCAUUCAUAUUUAUUUGUAUAUGCAUGUUGUUUUUCCCUGUUUAGGUAAAAGGGAAAAAAUGAAUAUAAACACUUUUUUUCGAAACACGGGUUUGAACUCGUGACCUCCAGGAUGACAAUAUACAUCUAUAACCAUUAGACUACGACAAACAUAUUUAAAUAUGACAAUAUAUAGUUAUAUAACAUAGCAUAUAAUAUCCGUUAAAUAUCAGAACUUCAAAAAGCUAUAAUUUCGAAAUUAUGUCAAGCCACUCAAUUCUUACUUCACCAUCGUUCUUUAAUCGACAAUAUACAUAUGUUCAAAACCAAAAAUUGGAAAAUUAAAUUUGUUCUACAUAUUUUUUUACACGAAGAAUUUUCGUCAAAAUUUAAUAUUAAAAUCAAUUUAUAAUAAAAAUACUACACUAAACUCAACUUUUGUUUUGAUCACAAAGUAAGAUUUUUAAUGAACCUCCUAUUAAAUUUUCACGCGUUUCUGUUUAGUCUUACAAUUUUACAACAGAGUACCUAAGAAAUAAAAAUAACGUAUAAAACGCGCAAAAGUAAAAUGUUUAUAAAUAGCUCAAAAAUGGCUUAUAUUUUUUGAAAAUUUUAUCGCGUCUAGAAAAAGUAAAUAUAAAUUUUUAUACAAUUUUGAAGUCCAUAAAAUCAAUACAAAUAUUUUUAACUGAAUUUCAACUAAAAUAUUAAAAUUUGUAUAAAAGCCUAAAAAUAGAUAGAAUAUUUUGAAAAUUUUACCACGUUUAGAAAAGGCUAAAGAAAGUUUUCUAUCCUAAUUUCAAGUGUUUACAAAUUUUUUUAACUGAAUUACAACAUAACAAAAUUGAAAAAUAAAAAAAACAUUAUUUUCGUAAAUGUCCUGUUAUUUACAUUUUAUCAUAGUUUUUCCCAAAUAUUAUGAAAACCGCUUGGAAAAUUUAAAAAUAACCUCCUAAAAGUUCCAUCUAGACAAUAUUUCCUUUCAGAAAUGGUCCCGUGCGUAAAUAUCGGAGCUAGAUAUCUGGUAUCUUUUUUGUACACAGUAUAAAAAAAAAAAAAAAUAAUAAACAUCUUUGUAAAAUCAAUACAUUCUUCGCUACACUCUGAAUCUCAAAUAAGAAAAUAAUAUUAGAUAUAAUACUAUUAUAGAUUAAGUAUGGAUAAAACCAAUUCAACUAGAAUCACAUCAUGUACAAGUGCUCUUCAAUGUUAGGGAUUUGAUUUAACCAUAAUUUAACACAUUUUUUGUAUUGUGUGUAGGAAUUAGAAUUAAGAUAUGAGAUAGGGUUUUGUUUUAUUGUUUAAUAGCUCAAUACCCACCUGUGAAAAACGUAGACUUUAUUUGAGCGCGUUCGGAUAGUAGGGAUUUCUAAAUUAGAACCACGAUAUUUUAAUUAGUCGAUUAGAAUAACAUAAAACGUGUUAGAUAUAUUAUAUUUUUUUAUAUAGACCGAACAAAUCAUUGCACAUCGGUGGUAAAGUAAUUUUUUUAUAAUUUGCCCAUUCAAAAUAUGCCCGAUUUCUACAUACUUGGGUACUGAUAUGGUAUAAAAUGUAUAUAAUUCAGGGGAGUGUUUUCGUUUCGAACGAAAACUCAAUAAAAUAAAAUGUCCGCACGGAUAAUGAAAUUGCAAAUGAUAUACCUAUACAAUUAUUCUUAUUAUUGGAACUAAACGAAUUUUUCAGAGGUGUGGCCGUAGACGACCAAGGAUACAUACUGGUAGCAGAUUCUGGCAACAACCGCAUUCAGAUAUUCCAUCCUGACUCAACGUUCCUGCGCGCGUUUGGCUGCUGGGGAUCGGGUGACGGGGAAUUCAAAGGACUGGAAGGUAUCGCCGUAAUGUCCAACGGAAACAUAUUGGUGUGCGACCGGGAAAACCACAGAGUUCAAGUUUUUUAGUCUUGCAGUACUAACGACGCGCGUUUACUCGUCUCUGCAGAUACAUAUGUAUGGGUACCAUCCACAUAACAAUUUACUUAGUAAAAAUUUACUAUAGCGUACAACGGAAUAUUGUGUAAAUAAUGUUUUAGUGUCGACAUUUUAGACCAUUAUUAUAUUAUUACCUACCAACUAUUGUUAUAACUUCUUCAUUUCGCUUUAAAAAUUAAUAUCUAUACUUAAAGAAAUGCUGUUUUUUUUUAAUUUCAUUUUAUAAUAAACAUUUACCUACUUAUAUAUAUAUAUAUACAUAUAUAUAAUGAAUAUUUACAAUUAAUUAGGUAUUAUUUUAAUAAAAUAUCGUAUGACUCACAAAACAAUACCAAUUAUUACCUAUUAUUAUUUACUGGAUGUCGAAUAUUGCAGAUGUGUGAUGAUGCUUUCAACAUUCCACACAAACUUAUUUGUUUACCAAUAGUUAUUUUUUUUACACUCUGAGCGUAGUGAGGAAUGUUUAAUUGACAUUACUAUGGGUGUGUUUUUAUUUUUCGAUCUGUCAAUAAAUCUCAGAAUGAAAUCUGUUUAUUGUUAAAAGUUUCAAAACAUUCUGCCGAUUUAUGAGGUAUUUGUUACCAUUUGAAAUUGUCAAGUUUUGCUUAAGCUUUUACCUAUUUGAUUUUAUGUGGAUACUUAUACAUUUGUUUGGCCAAGCAAAAGUGUUCGAAAUUUAAGAGGACAUUCAUCAAAAGCUGUACAACUAUACCCACUUAUAUAACUAAGUAAUUGUAAAAAAAAACAAGUUUAGCGUAAUGUAAGUUGGUUUGUUUAUAUAAUAUUUUAAAGAUCAAAUUGUAAUGCAAAUCAUAAAAACCACAUUUCGUACCUAGUAUUUUUAUUUGAAAAUUAUAAGUACCUACUUAUACUAUACAAAUAGUACAAGAAAUUCCAGAAUACAAAAUAAAUAAUUAAGUAGGCGAUUAUUGCGAUUAUUUCAAUAGGUAGGUACCUACUAAAAAUAUAUAGAGGACCACCUUUAGAUUCUAGAAAUGUAAUUGGUCUUAUUUUAUACGUAUAAAAAAUUACAUGAAUCCUUGCAGAAACCUAUAGAAAUCCAUAGAAACCUUGCACUUUGCAGCAUGGACACUAUUGAAAGAUUAAAAUGAUAGUUUAGGUCUGGAAAAUUGCCACAGGUCGCAACAAUUUUUUUUUCUGUUGAUCUAGUAAAAACAUAACAAAGAAAUAACGCUUCGUGAAGCAGUUAGGUACAAACUAUUUUAUUAGUAAAAUAAUAUUUAAGUUUUUUGUGUAAAAAAUUAUAAUAAUUAUAGAUAGGUGCCUAUUUCAAACCUGCAUAUACCUACAGUGCACAUGUUUUAAAACUAAUAUUUAAAUGUGCAAUGUCAUAAUUCAACUAAUAUUGUUUGAAUAAAUAAAUUGUGAUUAUUAAAUUAAAGCAAAUAUUAUAACAUAUACUUAAUUUUAAAAUAUCUACC